AUGGAGAGAGAAAGAAAUCAACGGGCAGACGGUAACCUCGAGACCUUGGAAAUGAUUGGAGAAGGAGACUGGCUAGGCGUCAAUAUACCUCAAUCCUCGCGCGACAAAGUACAAGACCAGCUGGAGCUUGCUCGGGAGCAAGGAUGGCGGUUGGGCAUCAAGCUAGUUCGUGGCGCUUACAUCAACAAUGAUAUCAGGCAGGCGACCCACGACACCAAGACGCAUGCAGACGCCUCGUACAAUGGCAUUGUCGAGGACCUCCUCUGCGGGAACUUUCCAGCAAUGGGCAACCAACGGGCGGUAGAGCUUGAUCUGCUGCUGGCAGGUCACAACUCCAGCAGUAUUCGGAGAGCAGCUCGUCUAGCAUCCGAACUUUCGGCUCAAUCGAAGUUGAAAGUCAUCCCAGAGUUCGGGCAGCUUCAGGGAAUGGCUGACGAUGUCGGAUGCGAGCUGCUGCCGUUGGCGGACAAGAUGAGGAGGGAGGGUAAUCUAGCUCCGGCCAAUACUUAUAUACCCAAAGUGUACAAGUGUCUGACCUGGGGUAGUAUUCAGGAAUGUAUGCAGUAUUUGACACGCAGACUCGUUGAGAAUCGAGGUGCUGGUGACCGGAUGAGAGUAGGCGCCGCAGAGUUUAGAAGAGAACUCCUUCGCAGGAUAGGCAUCAGAUUCUCAGCCAGAACAAUGCACGCACAUUGA